GAGGAUGAUUGAUACACUUGAACAGGUUGAAAAAAUAUACAACACCAUUAUUGCUGUCAUUGGAGUUCCUGUUAACUUGGUGGCAAUAAUGAUCCUGUCCCGUGAGAAAUGUGGCCUGUCUAGAUGCACUACGUACUAUCUCGUGGCAAUGGCAGCUGCAGAUCUUUUGGUCAUUACAACUGAUGUUAUACUGUCACAGAUCGCCCAUUAUUAUUUUCCGCAAUCUUUUCUGGAAAUCACCCCAGUGUGUAGUUUUCUCACAUUUCUGAUUCAUGCAGCAAUCGAUUGUUCAGUCUGGUUCACUGUCACUUUUUCCUUUGACAGAUUUGUUGCCAUUUGUUGCCAGAAGCUGAAAACUAAAUAUUGUACCAACAGAACUGCAGCUGUGGUUCUAACAUCAACCUGGAUUCUACUCAGUUUAAAAAACAUUCCAUUGUACUUUUCAAUUGAAGCCAAAGAAAUAGUAAACAACAUGUCGUGGUUUUGUGAUUCAAAAACAAGUUAUUAUACUGAGCCAGGAUGGGUGGGUUAUGAUUGGUUUGCUACUUUAUUAACCCCAAUGAUUCCAUUCGCUUUAAUUUUAUUGCUCAACGCUCUGACAGUCAGGCACAUUUUGGUAGCAAGUAGAGUCCGUAAGCAAUUGAGGGGGAUGUGUAAGGGAGAAAAUCACAAAGACCCAGAGAUGGAGGGCAGACGGAAAUCAGCAAUUUUACUUUUCACAAUAUCAGGCAGUUUCAUACUGCUGUGGUCAGCAUAUGUUCUACAUUUCUUAUAUUAUAACAUUACAGGAACAAAUCCUGAAUAUUACGAGGGUUCAUUAUAUUUAUUUCAGCAGGCUGGAUUUAUGCUACUGAGUUUGAGUUGCUGCACUAAUACAUUUAUUUAUGGGGUGACUCAGUCAAAGUUCAGAGAGCAGUUUAUGAGUGCGCUGAGAUAUCCGUUGACAUCAUUUAUUGAAUUAAUCAAUAAACUAAGGGACUGA